GGAAUGUGAGGAUCUGAGGAAAGAAAACAAGUACUUAUCAAAUGAGAUCCACAUGGAGAGGAUCAUGAUGCGCACAGAGAGCGAGCUGACCAUGAGGAACCUGAGGAACCUGAACCAGGAGCUGCAGGCUCAAGUGAAAGAGCUGAAGCAGAAGCUGUAUCAGAGCCAGCAGAGGGCGACGUUGAGUUCACGAGCUGCAGAUGAGGCGGUGGAGUCCAGAGAGGAGGCAGAGAAGAGCAGGGCCCUCGCUGUGGCUCGGGCCCUCGGGAGCCAGAGGGACAAGGGGGCCGCGGAGGCCGACAGGAGCCGCAUGAGUGAAGAACUACAGCAGCUUAAGAAGGAGGUGCACAGAUAUCUGAUGUGCACACUCACCUUCAAUAUGUUGUUAGUGAACAGAGAUACGUAGAGGCAGCAACAUAGUUGUAGAACAGGGGGGUUAAUGCGUAUAUGUGUCUGUGUAUUCAUAGUGUAAUAACAUAUAAAUAUCUAACUUUGCAGCACACUGAUCUGCAGCUUUCUCAAGCACAAACAGAGAAGAGCUACUUUGAAAGUAAGCUGAAGCUGGAGCGGGUGUCUGGGGAGAAACAGGCGCUGCUGCAGGAGAACAGGAGCCUGGAGGGAGUCAGAGACGACCUCCGACACAAGCUGAGGCAGAUCACUGACGAAAAUGUCCAAAUAAAACAGAGUGAGAUGAAUUCGAGGCGGCGAGCGAUGACUUCGGAGGAGGAGGGGAAAAAUGCCAACCAGGCCCGGCAGGAGGCCGAGGCCGAGAGGCGCCUGGCUGAGAAGGAGAGGCAGGACAGAGCGGCCGAGUGUCUCCGCUGGAGGGAGAAGCACCAGGACAUGGACCACAGAUUCAGAGCGCAGGAGGACCUGAAGGCUCUGAGGCAGAACAAAGCAUGUCAAGCAAACAUCAAGAGUUAUUUCCUCUGCAUGACAGAAAGCAACCAGAGGGUGAAGAUUCUCAGAAAUCAAGACGGCGCACCAAGAAACUUUACGGAGGGAGACCCGGUGUACAUCUCCACACCUGAGUCCAGCCCUGAAGAGCCUGAGAGGACUUCAUCCAGGACAGGACAGGACCUCAGGACCAUGUUGAGGGUCUCCGCCCCACACACGGGCCCGAGUCACUUCCAUGACCUGCCCGCCUUCGGAGGAGAGGGACCCGACUCUGCGCCUCCUCGCAGAAGCAGGAAGGUGGUGGAGUACUUCUGGAUCCCGACAGAUCAGGAGUAAUUACAACACGUGUAUUAGAAUCUGUGGCAUCAGAUGAGCAACUGGAAUUACACAAAUUAAAUAUUGACUUGAGUUCUGGUGUUUCUGUACGGU